AUGAGCCGGCGCCUGUGGCGUCUAGAGGUGAUCUGCCUGCUGAGCGUGUCCCUGCUCCAAGCUCCAGCGACUCCUGCUCCAACCUGCGAGGAUGAUGGGGUCCAGUUGUUGCACAUGCGACAGGCGCAAGCCGCGGAUCUCAACAACUCACAUGUGGGUGCAGGUGAAGACUCCAGCUUACACGUGGACACGAUGAAAGCUUCCACUUCGAGUACUGCUGGUGCCCUGCCGCCACAUACAAACAUGACGGAGGCCCAGAUUCAUCCAUCGCUCCUGCAAACAUGGCGGGCAAAGCUUUCCGCAUCAUACAAUUCAGCUUACAGGGAUGGAUAUGGCGUUCUAACUAUUGUGGCCAUCACACUCUUCGCUUGUUUGACGAGUUGCUGUGCGAUAGUAUCAACAAGAGCGUUUCUUGUGAAUGAGAGUUGCGACGCGCGGCGAGCAGACUCGGUACUCGGAAUGCAUGAGCGCCGACAUCGUCUCCUACAAAGUCUUCAAUCUCUUAGACCAAGUGCUGCUCCUCCGCAUCCUCCCCAUCUCAAACCAAAGACCAACUACAAGCCGUGGAGACAGUUGGUCAUCGACAGUCCCCUUGAGGGUGAUCGACUGGGAGUAAACCUCACGGAGGACACGCUCGUGAUCACCAGUUUCGCAGACCCUCGGGCUGAAACCUUCGGCUUCAAGGUGGGAGAUCGAAUUGUGCACAUCAACGGCGUGCCGGUCUUCAAGCAGUUGGACUUCCUCCAAGUUCUUUCAGGCGCCAUGCGGGACUUCCACCGCUCGAAGCAGCCCAUCGUGGUCACCACGGUCGACCCGACGAGCGAUCCCACGGGUCCCCCGUCAAGCGCUACCAGCAAGGACGCGCCACGUGGUUUGGAGUUGCAAGAUGAGGCUCUGACAUCGCUUUUGCCUGUGGUGUGCGGAAGAUGGCAGUUGAGUAGCGGUGAAAACUUCAUCAUCAGUGCCUUGGCCGCUGUAAGAUCGAAGUCGAAGUCCAAGCUCCAGGCUGCUGUGAAACAACGAGUAGCAGAGCGGAAAUCCACCAUAGCCAGCUCUGACAAGCUGCCUCCCUCGAAGCCACCGAAUUACAACGCGAAGAGAUUCGGUGCCUGCACCAUAGCCCUCGGCGCGAGUGAAGAGAGUAUCUCCCGAGUGCAUCUCAGCAUCUCCAUUCACCCCUUGCAUGACGGCCGAGUGAAUGGAGUGAAAGGCUUGACCAAGAGCAGACAUACGACCUUGAAAAGCACCUUUGCUUCCAGGACCUUCGACGCAAUCAACACCACUACCUUGCCCACGAGAGCUCUCGGGUGGCGCGCGUUCUGCAGCAUCUUCGUGGCCGGCGUCUGUGACAUCGCUGCCGCCAAAGAAGCUCUCUGGGGAGGAUAUCAGAUGAGGAACAGCUUUCCGCUGAUGCAGAACGGCAGAAGCCAGCGACUCAGAUGGGUCAGGUCAGAAGCAGCAGAACAGGUUGCAGCGAUUGAGAAGCAGAAGGCGGAAGCUGAGCAAGAAGCAGCACAGCAGAGGAAGGAGGCUGAAUCUGCCCACCAAGCGCUUGAAGAGUUGACCAUGCAGAUGAAGAAGGACGAAUCCAACUCAGGCAGCUUGGUCGCCACUUUGAAUGAGCGCGACAACAAGCUUGCCAUUGCACAUGCAGAGAUUGCCACCUUGCGUGAACGCCUUGAGCAUGCUCAGGCUGGCUUGACGAGAAGUCAGGAGGAGUCACAAUCUGCACAGGCAGCCGCACAGCAAGCGCAGACGAUGUACCAUCAGGCCAUGUCCAAGGUGGACAUCAACGCAGAGGCUGAGAAGAAUCGUGCCGACCGUGCUGAAGAGUCCGUCAGCAAGCUCUCAAAGGAGCUUGAGGAGCUGAAAGCGAAGGCGGCCACAUCACAGCAGCAGCUUGAGACUGAAAGGCAGAAGGCAGGCGAACUUGAGGCAUCCGAAAAGGAGCUUCGCUCCUGCCUCGAGGAGUCGAAGGCUGCUGCCACGGCUGCCGACACUGCCUCGAAGCAACUGGAAAAGGAUCUUGGUUCUGCCAAUGCAGAAUUGACCGAGAUCAAGGCGACCUUAACAGCUGCCCAAGAAGAGGUCGCACAGAAAGCUGCGCAAUUGGCACAAGCGAGCAGUGACCUGGACAGCACAAAGAAGGCCUUGACGGAGUCGGAGGAAGAGAAUGCCAAGCUGAAGCAAGACCUUUCCACCAUGGAACAAGACAUGGCACAGCACAAGCAAUCGGCAGAAGACCACUCCAAGCGUGCGCAGGAUGCGGAAAGUGCCCUCGAGGACCACAAGCAACAGCUGGACCAGGCAAAGACUGGUGCAAAGGAUGCCGAGCAAGCUUUCGAAUCAGUCCGGCAGCAAGCAGCCGCAGAGAUUGCUGAGCACAAGAAGGCUAUCGAGGAUCUACACGCCACCUGCACGACGCAGGAAGCUACGUUGGCCACCAAGGAAUUGGAGGUCGAGUCUGAGAAGUCCCGCGCCGACCUUGCAGAGUCGAUUGCGAAAUCACGCCAAAACGAAGUGGAGGCGGCGCAGCAGUUGACCGAGAAGUCCAAGGCGUCGCUGCAGAGUGUCCGUCAAGAGCUGACGGCCGAAUGCUCCGCAGCCAAGGCACAGGUGGAAGUGGAGAGAAGAUUGGCCUUGGAAGCUGAGGAGAAUGCAGAAAAGUUCCGCUUGGAGGCCCAGGCUGCACGGAAUGCAGAGCAGGCAGCCCGUAUUGCCGAACAAGAGGCAAAAGCUGCUUUGAAGCUUGUGAAAACGGGUGGGCAAGAUGCUGCCAUGGACGAGCUGCGCAAAGCGCUCGCAGCCAAAGCACAGGAAGCAGAGGAGGCGAAGACGGAGCUAGCGAGACUGCGCUCGCUCUAUGGUAAGGAUGCCGAGAAGGCUGUUGAGGAGGAUGCACCCGAGGAUCAGAAAGUUGCCGAGGAGGCAGUGCCGAAGGAGGAUGCCAAGGAAAUGGUCGAGGAGACUGUCCUCGAGACAGCCGCGAAGGCUGUUGAGGAGGAUGCACCCGAAGAUCAGAAAGUUGAGGAGGAGGCCAUGCCCAAGGAGCAUGCCAAAAUUGCGGUAGAGGAGACCAUCCACAACGACGGUGCUGAAAAGGGCAUUAAGGAGGCUGUCUCCCAGGACCAGAAUGCCGAGGAAACGCCGCUUCCUGGAGCAGUGAACUGA